GGAUGCAAGAGUAAAACAAGGGUAUUGGCUGACUCAUCAUGACGGCAUUUUAGCUUACUUUCGUUAGAUAAUCAAUCACUGUAAACGUAAUGUUCUUAGUUACAUAUGUACGGAACAGGGUGGAAAAUCUAGGUCCGGGAAUAAAAAUGAAACUAUUGAAGAGUCUUUGCGUUUAAACAGACUUCAUUACUGCUUAUUGAACUUCCCGAACUUCUUGAACCCCUUCACCCGAAUCGCUUCUCUCCGCAACGACAUCUUAGCAAUAUCAGCAAGCUAAAUUUUACCUACGCCUACCCAGAAUGCCUCUGCAUCUGCUAGGCAAGAAGUCAUGGAACGUGUACAACCCUAAGAAUAUCGAGCGCGUGAAGCGUGACGAAGCAGCUGCCAGAGAUCGCGAAGAAGCCGAAGAGCAACGCCAACAAGAAGUCGACGCAGAACGCCGUUUAGCCAUCCUCCGUGGCGAGGUUCCUCCACCUUUGCCUUCCCCCGAGCCAAGCGCCGACAACGAAGCCCGUGGCCAGAAACGAGAUCGAGAUGAGGAACCACGCAGAGAGCGUCGAAAACGAAAGCGCGUAGGUGAGGAUGAUACAGAUUUUGAGCUACGGCUUGCGCGCGAACGGACGGACGUUACACCAACGACAAGCAAUGCGCUUGUGAAGAAGAGUGAUGCCCCACUCAUGGAUCAGAGGGGUCAUAUCAAUUUAUUUCCCGAUGAGCGAUCUUGUAUGCCUUUUGAGAAAAAUGCGGAGGCAGAGAAAGAAGCUGCAAAGAAGAAACGAGAGUACGAAGACCAGUACACUAUGCGCUUCUCGAAUGCGGCGGGUAAAGAUGGACUUAGUGGCCCGUGGUACGCGAAGGGUGGCGAUAUAAAGGAUGUUAUCGAUGGUAACCUCGAGGCUCCGAGCAAGGAUGUGUGGGGUAACGAAGACCCAAGACGGAAAGAAAGAGAAGCUGUACGAGUUGUGGCUAAUGACCCCUUGGCCAUGAUGAAGAGGGGCGCAGCGAAGGUUAGGGAGGUUGAGAAGGAAAGACGACAGUUGAACGACGAGAGGGAACGGGAGUUAAAACAGCUCCGAAAGGAAGAGAGGCGGAAGGAGAGAAGGCGAAAGCGAGAAGGGAAGGAAGAUUAUGACGAACUUGAGGGGUUCAGCCUAGACGGGGCAUCUUCAAGUAAACCCCGUGUCCGAUCUAAGGAUGACGAUGAUCAUCCGCAGCGACGGCAUCAUUCGUACCGGGAUGAAGAUGAUCGAUCUAAGUCAAGACACCAUUCUGAGCGCCGGGAACACCGGCAUGAUAAUCAUCGAAGUUCCCGAUCCGAUCACCAUGACCGAAAUAAAAGCAGCUCGAGGCAUGACCGUUGACGAUUAGAGAAAGCGGAUGAUCAUUAGCAUUAUAUCGUUUGUUUAAGUAUGGCGUUUAUAAGAUACCCCUUAGCCUCACAUAGGCUUCAAUGCAAAUUAAAU